AGGUGAUUUGGUCACAAUGGUCGACUGAAUAUUUUCGGCAGGUCUAGAGUUAUCGCUAAGUUUUUCCGUCGAUGUCAUGUAGCCGCCAUAGUCAUAAAGGAAUUUGCCAAACGAGCAUUACACAGAAAAUAGUAGGUAAUGACAUCGAAUAUGAACUCCCUUCAUUGGUUUAGAAAGGGACUUCGGUUGCACGACAAUCCGUCCUUACGGCAGGCAGUAGAAGGUAGUUCCACCUUCAGAGCAGUUUUCUUCCUUGAUGUGGACUCCUUGGAUGAGAUCAACCUAUCGAAAAACAAGUGGUUAUUCCUCUUGGAAUGCUUACUCGAUCUUGAUAAAAGUUUGAGAAGACUGAACUCGCGUCUCUUUAUCGUUCGAGGUCAGCCCAUUGAUGUCUUUCCGAAGCUAAUUAGACAGUGGAACAUUACCAGAGUAACGUAUGAAUAUGACAGUGAACCAUUCCCUCGGAGAAGGGACGAUUCCAUAAAGCGCUUAUUGGAAUCAGAAGGAGUUGAAGUGUUGACGUCAGUAUCUCAUACGCUGUACGACAUUGACGAAGUCAUAAAGUCGAAUCAUGGGAAUGUUCCAGUUACAUUCAAGCAGUUUGAAUGCUUAGUAAGUAAGCUGAAUAGUCCAAGCAACUGUGCACUAGUUGUUGAUGAGCAGCUGUUCAAGAACUGUAAGACACCAGUGGAAGAUGAUGAUGAUGAAACCUAUGGUGUGCCGGAAUAUGAUGCACUUGAUUUUGGUGAGGAAGAAGCUGAACCCAGACAGUUUGUUGGGGGAGAGACUGAAGCUUUGAAAAGACUUGCUGUUCUUGAAAAGGAGGUAGCAGAACCCACAUUGGGCAAACCGCAUCAUGAGUCCAAUUCUCCAUUUCCUAAGUCGUCAAAGUUGAGUCCAUACUUGAGAUUUGGUUGUCUGUCAGUGAGACACCUUUUUCAUAGAAUGAACCAAGUCUACAGAGAGGCUAAUGGAAGAUCAGCCCCAAUGUCAGUUCAUUUGCCUUUACUGUGGCGAGAAUUUUAUUUUGUUGUGGCUAGUAAGCAUCCCAAUUUUGACAAGAUGAAGAACAAUUCACUUUGCUUACAGUUUCCUUGGGAGGAGCAGACUUGUAAACUGGAGAAGUUCAGACAGGGCAAAACUGGAUUCCCAUGGAUAGAUGCAAUGAUGCGUCACAUGCUAUCAGAGGGAUGGAUUCCUCACCUAGCCCGUCAAGCUGUGGGGUGUUUUUUAACCAGAGGAGCUCUCUGGAUAUGCUGGGAAGAAGGAUUUAAAAUAUUUGAGAAGUACAUGCUUGAUGCUGAGUGGAGUAUAAAUGCUGGAAGCUGGAUGUGGCUGUCAUGCAGUGCAUUCUUUGCUAAACAUCCUCAGUGGACAUGCCCAGUUGGGCUAGGAAAACAUUUGGAUCCACAGGGCAACUAUGUGAGGAAAUACGUCCCAGAGUUAAAGGAUUUUCCAUCAGAGUAUAUCUAUGAACCAUGGGAUGCACCACUUGAAUUACAGGAGGCAUGUAACUGUGUUAUUGGUACUGAUUAUCCACAACCCAUAGUCAAUCAUCAACAAGCUCGCAAAAAUUGUGUUGAUAGGUUGAGAGGGGUAUAUCAGAAUCUUGUAACAAAGGUCUCUUGUAAUGUUGGAUUGGGCCAUAAUGCUAUGCACUGGUUCCGAAAGGAUUUGAGGCUCCAUGACAAUCCCUCACUCUGUGAAGCUCUAACAAAUUGUAGAACAUUUCAUGCAGUGUAUAUUCUGGAUCCUGUGAGUGCAAGAGCUGCAAAAGUUUCUGCCAACCGCUGGAAAUUUCUUGUGGACUGUCUACGUGAUCUGGACAAGAGUUUGCGAGAGUGUGGAUCAAGACUUCAUGUCAUUCGUGGCCAGCCAACAUACGUGUUACCUAAACUUUUCCAAGACUGGAAUAUUUCAAAACUGACAUUUGAAUGUGAAAUUGAGCCAUUUGGACAACGACGAGAUGUGGCUGUGGCUGUUCUUGGAGAAGAGCAUGGAGUAGAAGUUAUUUCUAAGCCUUCUCAUACCCUGUAUGACCCUGAAAAAAUAAUUGAAAGUAAUGAGGGUGAGGCACCCAUGUUAAUAAAAACAUUUGAAAAUGUUAUCCGUCAAAUGGGCCCUCCAGAGAAACCUGUUGAUGCCGUGAACAAGGAAAUGUUCAAAGGGUGUAUUUGUCCGGUCUCAAAUGAUCACAGCACAAGGUUUGGUAUUCCAAGCUUAGAUGAACUUGGUUACAGAGGGUGUGAAGUCACCACAGGGGAUUUGUGGGUUGGUGGAGAACAAGAGGCCAUUAAAAGGUUAACAGAACUUGAAGAGAAGGUGUUGGAAGGCAGUUUGAAGAAAUCCGUGGAAGGGCUAGAUGCACUUAGGCCAUCCAGGACACAGUUGAGUCCUUACCUUCGCUUCGGUUGUCUUUCUCCUAGGCUUUUUCAUUUGAGGCUUACAAAAGCCUACAUGAAGGUGAAAUGCCAGCCACCACCAUUAUCGCUCUACAGGCAGUUAGUUUGGAGAGAGUUUUUCUUUACGCUUGCCAGUCGAAAUCCUCAAAUGGACAGGGCAGUGGACAAUCCACUUUCCUUUAACAUCCCUUGGGAGGAAAACCAAGAUGCACUUGAUGCAUGGAAAGAGGGCCAUACAGGUUUCCCAUGGAUUGAUGCAAUCAUGCGUCAGCUUCAUGCUGAAGGGUGGAUCCACCAUGUGGCUCGACAAGCUGUUGGAUGUUUCCUGACAAGGGGAUGUCUUUGGAUUAGUUGGGAGGAAGGAUUUAAGUUGUUUGAACAGCUUCAGUUGGAUUCAGAAUGGAGCUUGAAUGCUGGCAACUGGUUAUGGGUGUCAUGCAGUGCAUUCUUUCAUGGACAGAUUCCGUGGUAUUGUCCCGUCAAUGUUGGUAAGAAGCUUGAUCCCUCUGGAAAUUUCAUAAGGCGAUACGUCCCUGAACUGAAGACCAUGCCCACAAAGUACAUUCACGAGCCUUGGAUGGCACCCUUAGCCGUUCAGAAAGCUAGUAACUGCAUUGUCGGCCAAGAUUACCCAGACCGCCUCUGUGACCACAUCGAGAGACGGAAAAUUUGUCUUGAACGUCUCAAGGAUGUUUGCCAACAGAUACAGGGCACCAACUCGUCAUCACAGGAUACUGCUGACGUCGUUGAUUAAUAUCUAGUUAAUGAUUCCUAACACAACUGUUACAGUUUAGAUUCCCCUGAGUAUCAGUGGUGUUUUCUGUUCAGUUGUUGUUGUUUUUAUUUAUUCGGAACGAAGAACUAGUGACUACUCGACUCAAAAAGGAAAAAAUCGCCAACACUCUAGAGACAAAAAGGGGAAUUCUUUCGAUAUGGGACUUAGUUUUGACUACUUGAUCUGCAACUAAGAGACAAUUUGUCAGAACCCUUACAAUCAAAGGUUUUCGAAACUGUAGCAUAUUUGUACUAUAAUGAUUCAAACAGCACAUCUAAUGUAUGAAUUUAAGAAGCUUAUGUACAGCAUUCAAGGAUGUAAUGUAGACUGACCCCACCCAUAUGAAAAGGUGUUCACGUUGACUUGUAAAUAUUCAAUUCGUGCCAAUGAAACUUAAUAUAAUUCACGGACCUCGGCACUAUUUUACUGGUUACUAACCAUCUUAGCGGUUGUAGACUACUUUAGUGUCAAAAUGUAUGAGCGACACAUUUGGAAAGUGACCGUUUUGUGGCACAAACAUAAUAUUUUUCACCUUGAUGGAAAACCGGUGUACGAUAAGUUAUGUUCUUUUAACCUAAGCUCUUAAUAAGGUGUUGGUGCCGGUUCAUUAUCCAGUUUUAACUUUAUCAGGCUGUCUAAUAACACAAACUGUACUGUUGUUAACAUCCAGCCUAAACAAUUGAAUAUAAAACGGUUAUUAUUCAGUA